AUCACCUUUUUUACUUUUCCUUUUAAUGGGGCCCAUGUAACAAUUUUUUAACUUUUCUUAUUCUUUCUCUCCUCUCUUUUCUGUUCUUCUUCCUCUCCAGAUCUGGGUUUGAUCAAAACCCAGAUUUGCUCUCCUUUCUCUUUCUUCUUUAGAAUCUUCCAGUCUUUGCUUUCGUCUUCCCCAGAUCUCACCUUUUUGUGCCCGGUAGCCCUUGGGCUUGCCGGAUUUUUGAUGCUUGAGCCGCCGGGAUCUCCGGUUGCUCAAGCAUGAUGGAGCCGAUUUCGUGCUCCCAGUUCCGAUGACCCUUCUGGUGGUCUUUUUUUCUUGUUUUUUUUUCUGUUUUAUCUGGUUGUUUUGCUUGUUUGUUAUCAGAUCCGGUGGCUACCAGCCAUUACACAGAUCUCCAAAGGUGGUCGUCGGAUUCCCAAAUCUGGUGGCCAUGGAGCCUCUCAUGGGAGAUGGUCACCGCCUGAUGGGAUCUCCCCGCCCUGGUGUCCUUGUUUCAAGAAUCGCUGUGGUUUUGCUACGACGAAUUUGUCAUGAGCGUUGUAGCCAGCGCGGUAGCCAUGGAAUUUAUUCUCAGGGUAAAAAAUGGAAAACAGACUCGAAGCAAAUAGAAAAAAACCUGAACAGAACAGAACAGAACAGAGGGGUAUUGAGUUGUUGCGCUGAAUUCACUGAAGAAGCUGGAGAGUGAGGGUGGGUUUGGGGUAAUAUUUGAUUUAAUUUUGCAGGAGUAGUAGUAGGUUUAGGGUUUUGAAUUUGAAAAGGAAAUGAAAAGAGAAACGAAGAUAACUUGUGAUUUUUGGGGAACUUGAUUGAAACUGGAAAAAGAGAGAACAAAAUUUUCAUGUAGGC